AUGCAAAAAAUUCAUAGGUUACUGGGCAAACUUGAGCUUUCGACAUUCGAUGAGUUGAUCAAAUGGCUUGGUAGCGGCGAACAUCAUGCGCAAAGUGCGAUUUGGGAACGACUCAAUUGCCGUCUUCUGAGCGAAGCGAUCAUGGAUGGUUUUUUACCGGGUCGAAGCGCUAUUCUGCAAAUAGUUUUGGCCGUUCCAGACGGAAAGAUGCUGAAAAGAGUUUUGAGUGACGAGGUGCGACACGAUCCCUUCAAGAAGUAUUUAUUCGAAGAAAUGCUCGUGAAUAAAGUAUUCUCACCCGAGCAGAAUGUGCCAAUCAAACUGGUUCAAUGUAUCAAUGUUUUCAUCGAAGAGCACACAUCUACUGAA